GCAGCGAACUGUACAUAUUGAUGAUGCCAUUCUUGUUUGCGAGGAGCCGACGUGGCCAGACGAUCCGCCGUGUGUGCCAUUGGUGAUUGUCCAUGCCGAGUGUUGGGAGCUCCUGGUAAGAUGCGUGGGUUAUGAGAAGAGAAUUGACUUGGACAAUAUCUGGGAGGUUCUGAGUGGGCUACCGAAGCCUCGAGUACCGUCCUGGGUCGACAUGUCGAAAGACGGCCCCUUUCGCACACCAACACUGAAAGAGCUUCGCUCACUUGCAGAAGAUAUCCCCGACUCUUGCACGAAUCCGAAAUACAGCGUUCGCGUCGAUGCCGGCCUCAGGGACUGCUUUGCUCGUUUCCCCUUGGAGCUUCGUGAGGAGAUAGCAACUCACCUUACGACGGGGGACUAUUUCAACCUGCGGCUCGCAUCCCGUAUGAUGGCAACUGCCUUCCACGGCGUUAGAUUCUGGAAAUCGCGCUUCCGGAAACAGGGCAGCCGAGGCUUUUGGCCUGAUAUCACAGCCGACCGUGGCGCGGACAGCCAAGUUGACUGGGCGAUGGAUAUUGUAUCGUGGAUUCGCAGCGCUCUUGUUGCUGUGGACAUGCCCUCGUUGAAGCCGCUCGACUUCGCCGGGAGGGCGUUGCAGGAAUAUCGCGGCGAUGAGACCGUUGGCGGGGACCGAAUCGUUCGGAUGCGCGUCUCGUCGCGCCUGGCAGGCAUCGCCAUCUCGUUUAGUUGCUCCCCGAGGCCGACAAAGGCUUGCGAAUACGGCAAGGUUAUCCACACAUUGAAGAUUUUCGCCCUCGAGUUUCAGUACAGGAAUGGAGACACUGUGGUAGCCGGCACACUACAGCCAGAAACAAUACAGCAGGGGCCGGAUGAGGAAAAGGAGAUGCCGUUUUUAUGUGACUGUCUCCGCGAUCGGCUGGUCUUUGAUGCCACGUCGUUUGCGGGGUUCUGCGCCCACUAUCAUUCUGAUGAGACGAUCGCCUCGUUGGGGGUUUUGCAACAGGGCAAGGAGCCACCUACAACCCUGGCAGGUGGGCCCCGCUUCACUCCCCUCUUUGAGAUGAAGAUGAAUCAGGUGGUCGAGGUUGUUACUACAUUUCGGGGUCCUAUUCUAGUUGAUAUCGGCAUCAGAGGCCAUGGAUACGUGGCGCCGCCAAAAAGUACAAGUCUCUUCCACCACUGA